AGCGGGUCUGUUUGAUUGGGACUUGUCAGUGUAGUCGCUUCGCCAUCCAAGGGAAGGGCGGAACAUUGUAGUCAUCGUCAAUCGGUCAUCUCAGUUUGUCAAAAUAAAAAACAAAAACAUUCGCUCAACAUCUGUACGACGUUUCGAGUUGGAGACCACCUUAGGAAGAGGAAAGAUGCAGACAAUAAAGUGUGUGGUUGUUGGGGACGGAGCAGUGGGGAAAACUUGUCUUUUGAUAAGCUACACAACCAAUAAAUUCCCAUCUGAAUAUGUCCCCACGGUCUUUGAUAACUAUGCCGUGACGGUAAUGAUUGGUGGUGAACCAUAUACUUUGGGCCUUUUCGACACUGCAGGUCAGGAGGAUUACGACAGAUUGCGGCCACUCAGUUAUCCACAAACGGACGUUUUUCUUGUCUGUUUCUCAGUCGUUUCUCCAUCAUCGUUUGAAAACGUAAAAGAAAAGUGGGUGCCAGAAAUUACUCACCAUUGUCAAAAAACGCCAUUUUUAUUGGUGGGGACGCAAAUUGAUCUAAGAGAUGAUGCGGGAACUAUUGAAAAAUUAGCAAAAAAUAAGCAAAAGCCAAUAACGAUGGAACAAGGAGAGAAGUUGGCUAAAGAACUGAAAGCUGUAAAAUAUGUUGAAUGCUCAGCAUUGACUCAGAAAGGUCUAAAGAACGUGUUUGAUGAAGCAAUUCUAGCUGCCUUGGAGCCUCCAGAGCCAUCGAAGAAGAGAAAGUGUGUCAUCCUUUAGACUCCACUACUCCGUACCUCCGGAUGACAUCCAUUAUCAUUAUCUUCAUCUUACAUUUACAAGGAUCGGUUUAUUAUGACAUCAUCAUGGCAAACUGUCAAACAAAAUUUAAUGACUUAUUGCCGACAUUUUUAUUUCCAUUUUACAAUUAUGUUUUUUGCAAAAUAAUUAUGCGACACACAUGAUACGAACUCUGCCAAGAUUGAUUCUAAAACAACUAAAUACUACAACAAAUUGAUUUUAGUUUUUAGCCUAAAUAACGUUAUUAUUAUUAUUAUUAGUUCAGUUCUAGUGAAAUUGGAAUCCAAAUCAAUCAGAAACUUUAUAUUAUUACACAAUUGUUGCAUCACUUAUUUAUUGUUAAACAAGGGUUGCACAUUGUUAAAUAUUAUAAGUAUGGGAACUAGUAUUUUGUUAAAUGUGUUUAAUAAUUUCCGUUGAAAGGUUACCCUCAUCCAAUGUACUUUUUUUUAUUUAAUUUAAAAGCCAUAUUAUUCCUGUGUCCUCUCCUUUUUCUGGUUUUGGUAUUUUCAUCGCACACGCUUACAAAUUUGUAUUACAUAAUAGCAGAAGGAUUUUCGAAUGUAUAUUGAUGCCAAGAAGAAGAAUCAUUCACAACUACUUUAAUUGUUAUCACCAUUUAAUAUCCUAUCCACGUUCCUACAUUUAAAUUGAGCGUAUAUUUAGACUCGAGGAAGCGUUGAUCGAUGCUCAUUCUGUACUAUUGCAAAUUUACAAUAAAUAUAUGUGGGCAUUAUUAUGGGAUUCGUUCGAGUAUGAGGUUUUGUAUAACAUUUUAAAUGACGCGUACAUAUAUUUAUUGAGACACGACGCGGAUGGAGGUGUGGGUGUGGGGUUUAAUAUUAAAAAGGUGUUGGGACGGAAAAUGCCAUCUAAAUGUAAAUCUUAAUAAUGAUCUAUAAAUAAUAAUAACGUACUACUAGACAUACUGAUGAUAUAAUGCAACGUAACGUAUGUAUAACCUGCUGUUACUACUUUUUCAUAGCCAAGUCAUACAAUAUGCCAAUAAAUAAAAAUUUUGAUAUCUUGCUCCAAUUAAGAAAAAUUGUACAAGUUUUGAUCAAUUUGGUUCUGUUCUUUAUUAUUCUUUUGUCUCUUGAUUCGGUUCACAUUCCAGUUUAAUUUCUUAUUAGAACAAUCAAUCAAUCAACAAUGUAAAGAUCAAUCCUUAAUAGUUCUUAAUUUUUUUGUAACCUGCCCAUUUAUUUAAUAGUACGUGUUUACUUUGGAUAGUACUUAAUAAUCAUUUCAUGUGUUUUUUUUCUUUCUUUAACUCUCCAGAUCAGUCACAAAUAAUGUAUUUAGUAGUUUAACAGUAGCAAACAAGUAUUAAACAUAUAUCGUAUGUAUGUUGUUUGUUGGAUAUUUAUUUAUUUAUUUAAGGUCAAAUUAAUAAUGUAUUGUAUUUUUUGCAGCUUUUUUGCAUGCUUAUUAUUUGAAUUUAAUUUCUUAUUCAUAUCAUUAUGUCCUUGCUUUUCUUGCUUAUCGUUUAACUGUAGUACCUUUACUUUCCAUCUCCAAAUUCCAUCAACUGCUUUAGCUUGAUACACAAAAACUUUUCUUCUAAAGAUUCAACAGCUUUUUUGGAGUUAUUUUUUUCCUUAGAUAAGGUUGGUUGAUUAAAUUUCAUAUAUAGCAAAAUUUACGAAGUAUUUUUUUUAUUUUCUUUUGAAUAUUCAAGGUACUUCCACGCAUUUCAUGAUAUCAAACAGACAAAAUCAUAAAACUAUGAAAAACGUCCUCUUGCAAACCUUAAUUCCUCACCACUCUAAAAUAACUUAGCAUUUAAUAGCAUAUAAAGUCUAGACGAAGAGCAUCAAUUGAUACAGCAGUAGUAACUUGUUCAGGUCCAAGGAGAAA